AUGGAAGGGCAAACAAUAGAUGACGAUGAAAAUUUAAAUAAACUAUAUCAGGAAUUUAUACAACAGUUAACAACCGUUUCGAUGUUUGUCAGUUUAAAAUUAAAUGAAAUAACAAGUAGGCUAUUAAAUUGUGAAACCCAUUUGAGAAAACUUAAAGCACGUAACAUCGCCGAUGCUUCUGGUCAAAAUGAUAGCCUAGAGCCACAGCAUCACCACCAUGUGUUAAUCACUACUUCCUUUUUAAGAAAGAUCGACGCUUGUAGUUUAUUAUUGACAAAAAUUUCAAGGUUUUUAAUUGUACAGAAAAUUGCUCUAAGAAAAUUAAUUAAAAAGUUUUUAAAAUAUUAUCCAAAUCGCUCAAUAGCUAAAAAAUUCGUUAUCAAAUUACAGAAAUCAGACAUCUUAAAUAAUGGAUAUGAAGGUUGUUCUAUUAUAAGUGUCGAUUUAGAUCCUUACCUUUUAGAAGUUUCUUUAAUUAUUGAUUAUAUUUAUGGCACUACUAGUGAUAUUAACGCCGUUGAUGAUAAUGGUACCUUAUUGUCCGGCAGUAACAUCAAAAAUAAAAAUAUCCCAACUUCUGAAUGGGAAUUUGAUAGUUUAUUGAUAGGGAACUGUACAACUAUGCAGAAAUUGUUGGUUUCACAGGAGAAUAUAAUGCAAUUGAAAUUCAUUCUAUUGAAAGCAGGGUUCUUGCUGGUAGACGAUGAAUUAUUAAACACACAACGGAAAUUGCCAUUAUUACCCGAUGAUACUGGCAUCCAUAACGAUGACUCUUUGCACAGAACAAAUGAUGUCGAUUUAAACCCAAAUUUUAUCCUAUCAUAUCUUAACACUAACAACCGAUCAUAUGGUAAUGCCUCCUCUGCUUCAAAUGAUAAAUGUGUUACUGAAUGUAAUAUUGGUGGGUUAAGGAACUUUUUGAUAACAAACACCAUUCCAUAUUCCACUUUCAACGCUAAUAACAGCACCAGUAAUCCUAAGGUUCCUUUGCUUAGAGAUAGUAAACUAAUAGAAUCAAAUUCCAUAUUGCAAUUUCCUGUGAAUAAAGUUUUAUUAGAAUGGAUCAAAUCUAAAAAACUAAAUAAAGUCGAUCCAAAUAUCCAAUUUAGAAGAACAAGGUUUAUUUGUAAUAACAGUAAAUUGCUUAAUAUUGAUGAUACCAAUCAUGCUCAAAGCUCUCCAUUAUAUCUAUGCACUAUCGAUGAUCAAAUAUCCAUAUGUUCCCCAUUAUAUUCAUCUUCAGAUUCUCAUUUUUGGGAAAAUCAAGCUUUUGUUACCAUAAGUAAAUUGCCAACUAAUAGUGACUGUUAUGGUGCCAGUUCAGCUUAUGAUCCUGUCCUGUUGAAUUUCUUGAGCCAACUUAUUGAUAACAAAAUUAAUUCCUAUCCUAUAAAAAAAUCAUUCUGGAAAUUGUGUUAUACUAAUGAUGGUAGAGACUUGUUUCAUACUGCGUUAGAUGAUCAUAAAGAAGCUUAUUUAUAUGAAGAUGACGAAUUAACCAGCGAAGUUUUUUAUUCGUUGGGGUUGAAAAUGCUUCAAGAGUUAACCCGCAAAAUGAGGAAAAAUUUGGAUAAAUCAUCUAUUUUGGACUCUGUUUCAUACGGAAAUAAGCCAAACUCCUCCUCUCCUGCUUUUACCACCAAUAAUAAUGAUAAUAAUAAUAAUAGUAAUAGUAAUAUCAAUAAUAAAAAAAGGGAUAGGCCAACUAUUAGGUACUGGAACGAAUUUGACGAUGAAGAAGAUGAAAGUGGCGUUCCCUUCUAUUAUGAUACUAAUUAUGAUGCUGGCAAUUAUGAUGAAAACUCUUAUUAUUAUAACAAUGGUUAUCAUGGCGAACGUCCCCAAGAAUUCAUUGUCUUUUCCAAGAAUUUUAUUGAUGCAGUAUAUAAACAGAUGUUUAAUCAAAAUGACUUACCACAUCAUGGCACACAAGGUCCUAAUUACGAGCCUUCAUUAGUGUCAUCAUUUUCUGCUAAUACCAAUCUGGCCCCUUCUUUGUUCACUAAUAACUACGAUUCUACAUCUAUCGAUAUGAACUUGUCUCCAUUACUGCACCAAUCUAAAAGUUAUAAAUCAAUUGUUCCAUCAGAAUUAGAUAUUGAAUCCCAAAAAGUGAACAAUAGUACUCAACCAUAUCGUACAGAAGAAGAAGAAGAAGAAGAAGAAGAAGACACUUUUUCUGUAUUUGAAUAUAAACAUGAUCAGGUAUACACUUUUUUUUAUUUAAUUUCACUAAUUGUUGCAUGUCUAACAAGCGGAAUUGCACUUGGUGUCAUUGUUGCUAUUUUUGAAGAAAGUAAUAGUAUUAGUGUCGGUAUUGAAAUGGGGACCAGUUUAGUCAUUACACUAAUUGGUUCAAUGCUAUGUUCUUUAGGAUUUGGUAUAUUUAGCGUUUUGUUACUAUUUAGUAGGUUCAGUAAAGCACCUCUAUGGCAUUAUGUUGCUUGUUUUGUUUUGUUUAUUGUAGUUACUUGUGUUGCGUUGUAUGGUAUUUUAGGAUUAAUCUUAUGA